ACUAUCCAAAAUAAUCACGACUCCAGCAGCAGAGCAGCAGAUAAAGAAACAGGAGAAGAAGAACGCUAGUGAGCUAGCUCCAGCUAGACUUUCUCCAAUGCCAGGCUAGCGACGCUGCAGGAUUCAAUAACAUCUUAUGCUGCGAAAUAAAGGAAAGGUGACAUUAGAGAGAUCCUGACAGACACCGACCCCGUAUUUGACAACAUGGAGAAGCAGCUGCAUUUAAACCUUUUAUCAUCCAGACCUCCUAUGGCUGGAGGCUUUCAGUCCAGCUCCAAAAUGAAAAUGGGACCUGGACGGAAGAGAGAUUUCUCCCCCCUGCCCUGGAGUCAGUACUUUGAAACCAUGGAGGAUGUUGAGGUGGAGAGUGAAAAUGGCAAAGAUAUUUUCAGAGUUUACGGCAGUGGUGCUCAUGGUCCUGUGCUGCUACUGCUCCAUGGAGGAGGCCACUCUGCACUCUCCUGGGCAGUCUUUACUGCGGUCAUAUGCAGCAGGAUCAACUGCAGAGUGGUGGCUAUGGACCUACGUGCUCAUGGUGACACCAAAGUGAAAAACCCUGAUGAUCUCUCUGCAGACACAAUGGCCAAGGAUAUUGGCAAAGUGGUGGAGGCACUCUAUGGCGAGAACCCACCUCCAAUCAUGAUUAUUGGACACAGCAUGGGCGGGGCUAUUGCUGUCCAUACUGCAGCUGCCAAUCAUAUACCAUCCCUCCUGGGCCUCUGUGUCAUUGACGUUGUAGAAGGUACGGCGAUGGAUGCUUUGAACAGUAUGCAGAAUUUCCUCAGAAGUCGUCCAAAGACGUUCAAAUCUCUGGAGAACGCUAUCGAGUGGAGUGUGAAGAGUGGACAGAUUCGAAACAUGGAGUCGGCACGUGUAUCGAUGGGAGGCCAGGUGAAAAAAUGUGAAGAAUCCACCAGCAGUCCAGGUGUGUCUAACAGCAUAGGUGAAGGUAUAAUAGAAGAGGACGAGGAAGAAGAAGGGGAAGAAGAAUCAAACAAGAAAAGGAUGAAAGAGGAUGACCAAGAGAUAAAAAAGGAAAGCGUCUUCACCUGGCGAGUGGAGCUGUCAAAGACAGAAAAGUACUGGGAGGGCUGGUUCAGAGGCCUGUCUGCUCUCUUCCUCACCUGUCCUGCACCAAAACUGCUUCUACUUGCAGGAGUGGACAGGCUCGACAAAGACCUUACUAUUGGACAGAUGCAAGGGAAGUUUCAGAUGCAGGUCCUCCCUCAGUGUGGUCAUGCGGUUCAUGAGGACGCACCUGAAAAAGUAGCAGACGCUCUAGCAACAUUUAUGGUUCGGCACAAAUUCACUGAGUUUAAAGAAGGAUACUUGUGCUAAUUUCCAGUCUUCAGUCCACUAACUAUCUUCACUAUAGCCAGCAGCCAUAGAAGAGAUGAUUCAAGACUCAUCCACAUCCUAUUCAAAUUUAACGCCAAGUUAAGAAAUUGGAAAAAAACAUUAUUAUAAUUAUUAUUAUUAUUAUUAUUAUUGUGUUUCAUUUGUUUGUAGAUACUUUGCCUUAUAGCUUUGCCUUGUUUUAUUUUGAAGCACUGGGAUUUGAUCGUGAUUUUGCUUGACAAUUUAUAUUUUUUAAGUUUCUAAACUUUUCUGCUCCACUCUUUUGAUUUUGAUGUUAUUUUGAUUGAUUGCAUCAUGGUUAAUACGUGUUUGUCUGUUUGGAUUCAAACGAUUAAAGAUGGAUGCUGUAAAAAUUGCCCCA